GUUCUCAGUUUGGAGUGGGUGUCUGUUUUCUACACAGAUCUACCAGCAAUCAUGAAGAGCACAGUGAUAUUGUGCCUGGUCGCCGUCGUGUCGUGCAAGAGCGUCCAACUAGCUCCAAGCUCCGAUUGUCCAGAGACAGAUUCCGUCAACACUUUCAACGUACCCGAUCCAGACGACUGCAGCAAAUAUUCUGUCUGUGGGGCUUAUGUAGCCGUCAAAGUGGAUUGCCCCGAAGGAGAGCAUUUCAGCAAGACAACGAAAAAGUGCCAGGACGUCGUAACAGCAAACUGCGAUCCAGAAGCUGUAGCUGCAGCAUUGGCAGCCAAGGCUGAAGCAGACGCAAAGGCCAAGGCUGAAGCAGAUGCAAAGGCCAAGGCUGAAGCAGACGCAAAGGCCAAGGCUGAAGCAGACGCAAAGGCCAAGGCUGAAGCAGACGCAAAAGCUAAGGCUGAAGCUGAUGCAAAGGCCAAGGUUGAAGCUGAUGCAAAGGUUGCACCAGACGAGCCAACCGCUGUGGCUGCCGCCGUUGAAGCCAAGCCAGCUCCAAAAGCAGAUGAGCACACUCCAGAGACAAAACCAGCAGAAAAACCAGCCUCAGCUCUUGUUGGCAAGCCCAAAUCCCAACCUGGUGCACCGGGAGCUGCCGGAGAUGACACGGCUGUGGGAGGACCUCCCCCUGGAGUUGGAGGCCAGCCUUCCUCAGGGCCUGGUGCUAAACCUGACUUAAAGCUGUCUUCUAAUCCUGCUGAAAAACCUGAAGGACUGCCAGAACAGAAGGUCGGAAAGCCUUAAAGGCAUUCGCUAAUAUUUAUAUCAUUCCCUCCUGAUUCGUAACACUUGAUAAGUUGCAACUGCGCUCACUUGAAAUGGUGUCGCACACGGGAAAAUCUACAAAGCACAUAUGUACCAUGCUGAUCUCAAUAAACGCUAUUAAUAAGUGGCC